ACACACACACACAUGAAAAAAGUGUGGUGAUCAACAUGCCAUUCAAUGGUGGCCAUUUGAAUUUUGUCAUUAAAUUAUUAUCAUCAUCAUCAUUCUAAUUAUUAUUAGCAAUUUUUUCAAAAAAAAAAUUUCAUUCAUCCAAUGCAUUAUUUAAAUAUUGAAACAUUGCCAUUGAUUCUAUACUUUGGCUCUGUUUCAUUACUAUCCUUAAUGUACGGUGUGUUGAAAUUUUUCCAAAAAUAUCAACAUCGUCGUAGAAAUAAACAGGAACGAAAUGAUGUUGAUGAUAAUGAAGAAAAACAUACGAUCAAAAGAGAUAGAAAAUGUUCACUUCAACAGCUGGAGCAGCAACAAUCAGAGAAAAAAUCUCGUUUCACAAAAUGGUUUUGGAAUAUGUUCAUUAAAUUACGUUUGACAAAUAAUAAUCAUAAGCAUGUGUAUUUUCCAUCUGAACAAGAGAAACGUUUUGGCAUUGCCAGCCAAACAGCACAACAACAACAACAACAAAAUACCAACUCAUAUGUUGAUAUCACCGGACAUGAUCAGGAAUUGACAAAUUCAACCCACGCAAAUAUUACCCCGACAAGUUCAAAGGUCGAUCUUUCAUCUUUAGAAAGCAAUAAUCCUGAUGAUGACCGGUCAUCGAUUGUAACCGGUGGUGUAAAGUCACGUAAGCAUCCACAUUAUCAACAAAAUUCUUUAUCACAAUCAUCAUGCCUAUUGGAAGAGAGUGGAAGUCUUACCAGAGUUGUAAUCACUGAAAUUGAACAACAUCAAUUUCAACGAAAUAGAGAAAUCGACGAAUUGAACCAACAACAACAUCAAAAACAUUUGGAACAGCCAGAUGAAAAGAAUACUUGCAUAAAGUUUCAAAAUCAAAAUAAACUAACCGAAAAUGAAAAAAUGGUGGUGAAAAAAAUUCCAUUACAUGUGAUCAAUAAUAACAAAUUGAAUGCUGCAUUUGAUUUCCUUGAAAAUGAAACGGAUUCAGAUCCAAUAUAUGAUGUUCCAUCAUCACGUUCAUUGAUUAAUUUGAUUGAUGUAACCGAAGUUAAUUUGCCGGCCAAACAACAACAACGAGGUCAUAAUAAUAAUGGUGAAAUCAUUGCUUAUUAUCAUACUAGUACACCAAAUCUACUUUCAAUCAAAUCGGGCGUUAACAUCAAAACGAAUGCCAAUGAUUUUCAUGGCGAUUAUCAUUAUGAUGAUGAUGAAGAAUCCAUUUAUGAUACACCAAAAAGCCGAUCAUUUGUAGCCUGAUCCUACCAUCCUUGUAACCAUUUCUUCCUCUUCUUUUUCGAUUCGAUUGGUGUGUGAUCUAAUUCUCUUUCACUAUCUCCGGAAAAAACGAGUUAUCGCACAUUGACACCAUCGUCAUUGCCAUAAAUGUGAUUGAAAUGAAAUUAUGAUGACAUUUUUAUUUCUAAAAAACCCCGUUGAUAAUGAAUGAAACAGGAACAAUUUGUAUCACAUAUAAUUUUAAUGAAACUAAGAUUCAGACAUGAAAAAAUCAAUGAAAUCUUUUCUUAUAUAUCGAAUAAUAGUGAGACAGUCACGGGAGGCAACUUUUGCAACAUUGCGAUCAGGGUGCAAUCAAAUUUUUUUUUCUGUCGAUUCCUUUAUUUUAAUUUUUCUAUUUGAAUCGAUUCCAGUAUAAAGUCUAAAUCGUUACAUAUUUUCAAUGUUUUUUUUUGUUAUAUAUCUUUUUUUUUAUUGUUAUUGCUACUUGUUAACAGGUUCGAUCACAUUAAACAUCGAUAGAGGUUGUUUCGAUCAAUUCAUAUUAAAAUUUGUUCGACGAACACACAUCACGGUAGUCGAAUGGAAAGAAAAAUAAAAACACAGGCUAUGAGCUA